AUGGCAUCCUCUAAUGGGGUGUCGCCGCUGAUGCCGCGGUCACCUUCUAACAUUAACGCGAACAUGUCACCCAGCCGGGCCAAGUCUUUGGCGAUGAGAAAGUCAAUAUCAAAACCACAAACAGCACCAACAGUGCAACCUCAAAAACCACCACCUGAUUUUGACAUGGCGGAGCAAGUGAACGAGGAAAUUAGCAACAAGUAUGUCAAAGGCAAGAAGCUGGGUGAGGGUACUUACGCCAUUGUUUACAAGGGCCAUGUCAGAUCAGAUCCCCAUCGAAUAGUCGCAAUCAAAAAGUUCAAGGUUGAUCCUUCCCAACAGAGGGAAGGACUUAAUGUUGACACCAUUCGUGAAAUCAAAUAUCUCCAAGAAAUCUCCCACCCAAGCAUCGUCGCUCUGCUCGAUGUUUUCUCUUCGAAAGACCAAAACAUCAACAUGGUUAUUGAAUACUUCCCCAACGGCAACCUUGAAGAGCUUAUUAGAGACAAAACGGUCAGCUACGGUGCUGCAGAUGUCAAGGCCUGGAUGGGCAUGCUGUGUCGGGCCAUUUAUUAUUGUCACUCGAAUUUCAUUCUACAUCGUGAUAUCAAACCUAACAACUUGCUCAUCGCCGCCGACGGAGAGGUCAAACUGGCAGAUUUUGGUCUUGCUCGGUCAUUUGGCGACCCGAGAUAUCAAAUGACUUCCGCGGUCAUCACAUUGUGGUAUAGGCCUCCCGAACUGUUAUUUGGAGCCAGGCAGUAUGGCGGGGCUGUCGAUAUCUGGAGUAUUGGCAUGGUUUUUGCCGAAUUGCUCAUACGCCGGCCCUACGCGGCGGCCGACGUGGCGAAUCAGGAAGUCCUGGCCACUGGUGGAGGAACGGUCGCUCAACUGGAUAAGAUAUGUGAAGCGGUGGGGACGCCGAGUGAAGAAAACUGGCCGGGCGUUUCCAAGCUCCGAGAUUAUUUCGAGCUGGAGAAGAAGAUUCCAGUCAGGGACAAACCAUUUUACAUGCAAAUGUUCCCCACGGCAGGAUCAGUCGGCGUCGACCUGCUUAUGGCAAUGUUGAAACUGGAUCCGCGCAAGAGAGUGACUGCCCAAGGAGCUCUGGAACACGAAUGGUGGACGGUAGAUCCAAGACCGACCGAAAAGGAACAUCUCCCCAAGCAAGGUGGUGGAGCUUCGAAAAUGGCCGCUGCCGAAGCUGCUGCACCAGGAGCUGUGACUGACGAGAACAAGUUCAAGGGAGUGGCGAAGAAGCUUGAUUUUGGUGCUUCUCGGAAGUGA